ACAAAAACUCUUAAAAAAAAAAAAAAGUCCAAGUAGUACAGAAAGGGGGAAAUAGAGAAGAGCAUAGGAAAGGUUGCAAUUACAGAGAAGGAAGAGAGAAGAAAGAAGUCUUUGCAUUUUGCUUUCUCUCAUAUCAUUGAGAAGAUGAACGGCGGUCCAUCUGGUUUCAACAAUGCUCCAGUCACGAGGACAUUCGUUAUCGCCUCUGCUCUCUUCACCAUCUUUUUUGGGAUGCAGGGUCGCUCAAAUAACCUCGGUUUGUCGUAUCUGGAUAUUUUUGGAAAGUUCCGCAUUUGGAAGUUGAUUGUGUCAGCUUUUGCCUUUUCAUCGACACCGGAACUGAUGUUUGGACUGUAUCUACUAUAUUACUUCAGGGUCUUUGAGAGACAGAUUGGUUCCAAUAAAUAUUCGGUCUUCAUUUUGUUUUCUCUAACAGUUUCAUUACUGCUAGAGGUUCUUGCUCUUUCAUUCCUUAAAGAUCCUGCUAAGAACCUGAUCACCUCCGGACCUUAUGGCCUUAUAUUUGCAUCAUUUGUGCCUUUCUUCUUUGAUAUCCCAGUUUCUACACGCUUUACUGUAUUCAAUGUGCACUUUUCUGAUAAAUCUUUCAUAUACCUAGCUGGUCUUCAGCUUCUUUUAUCAUCAUGGAAACGUUCUAUAUUGCCUGGGGCUUGUGGCAUCCUUGCUGGUAUCUUGUAUCGCCUGAAUAUCUUUCGCAUUCGCAAGGCGAAGCUCCCAGAGUUUAUUACUUCGUUGUUUUCAAGACUUUCUUGGCCAUCAGCGGGGAAUUUACCUGCUGCUCCGAGUAGAGGAGGAAACGUACCAUCAUUUGCAGGUCGCCCAGUCGAGAGAAAUUAUCCUCCUUCAAUUCCGUCUGCAGUAGAGCCAUCAGAAGACUCCAUUGCUACUCUAGUUUCUAUGGGUUUUGACAGGAACAAUGCUAGGCAGGCUCUUGUUCAGGCUCGAAACGAUGUCAAUGUGGCCACGAACAUCCUUCUUGAAGCACAGUCCCAUUGAUUCUACACAUCUGGCUAAAUCAAUUAUUCAAGGUUAGAUUUAGAAUUGCAAUUAUCAUUCCAAUCGUGGUCAGAUAAUUUUGCAGAAUCUGAUGAUCAGAUUGGUAUGCCUGGAACUGAAACAAAAAAGGAAAAAAGCACUGUGGGCGGCAUCAUUUUUAGGGACUUGCUUCUCUCCAUUUAUUUUCACAUGUAGCUUUAGUCAAAAGAUGGGAACAAUUUAAAAUAUUAUCAGAAGCUUUGUAUAAUUUGUUCAUACCAUAUUGAAAAUGUUGAAAUUCUGUGGAAGAGACUCGGGGUCAGAUGUAUAGCUUCUAAUUCAAUGAUUCGACAGACUUUUCACUCA